UUUAUCUGAAAAGUAAUAAGAUGAUGUGAUGUCUAGUCUCUAGAUAAGAGUGCGAGGGGCAAUAAGGGUAUAAGUAGAUUAUAUAGAACACUCUUGAGCUUCUACUUCAAAGCAGUGUCGGCCAAAAGAUCUUCACAUUCAGUUGUCGUCGUCUAUCGAGAGACUUUGCAAAGAUGGCGAGAAGAGAUAAAAGUGAGAUGGCGAAGAUGUCAAUGCUCAUGAUCAUGAUGAUCUCAUCAAUGCUGAUGACCAUGGUUGACUCUUCUAGAUCAGUCCAAAGAUCCCGUGACAGUGAAGAAUCUGAGAUCGUACGAAGACACUUGCUCGCUAAUGGCCUAGGCGUCACUCCUCCAAUGGGGUGGAAUAGCUGGAACCAUUUUAGCUGUAACAUAAAUGAGAAAGUCAUCAAAGAAACUGCUGAUGCUUUGGUUACUACUGGCCUCUCUAAGCUCGGUUACAACUAUGUUAAUAUCGAUGAUUGUUGGGCUGAACUUGCUCGUGACGCAAAGGGAAAUCUAGUGCCAAAGAAAUCAACCUUCCCUUCUGGUAUCAAAGCCCUUGCUGAUUAUGUUCACAGCAAGGGCCUUAAGCUUGGGAUCUACUCAGAUGCAGGGUAUUUGACUUGUAGCAAAACAAUGCCGGGCUCUCUAGGCCAUGAGGAGCAAGAUGCCAAGACAUUUGCAGAAUGGGGAAUAGAUUACUUGAAGUAUGACAACUGCAACACCGAUGGCACGAGACCAACCGUCAGGUAUCCAGUUAUGACCCAAGCUCUGAUGAAAUCUGGCCGUCCCAUCUUUCACUCCUUGUGUGAAUGGGGGGACAUGCAUCCAGCUCUCUGGGGAUCUCCACUAGGCAACAGUUGGAGAACCACUAUUGACAUCAAUGAUAGUUGGCUUAGUAUGAUUGCAAAUGCAGACAUGAACGAAAUCUAUGCUGAGCAUGCAAGGCCUGGUGGCUGGAACGAUCCUGACAUGCUUGAAGUGGGAAAUGGAGGGAUGACUAAAGACGAGUACAUAGUCCAUUUCAGCAUAUGGGCAAUCUCAAAGGCUCCUCUUCUACUUGGUUGUGACAUAAGAAACAUGACUAAAGAAACUAUGGAGAUUGUGGCAAACCAGGAGGUCAUUGCUAUUAAUCAAGAUUCACUUGGUGUUCAGGCCAAGAAAGCUAGAAUGGAAGGUGAUAUCCAGAUUUGGGCAGGGCCAUUGUCAGGUUACAGAGUAGCUUUGCUUCUGUUGAACCGUGGACCAACAAGAUUAUCUAUUACUGCUUUUUGGGAUGAUAUUGAGAUUCCUCCAAAUAGCAUCGUUGAAGCAAGAGAUCUAUGGGAGCACAAGACAUUGAAGCAAAAGUUUUUGGGGAACUUGACAGCAACAGUUGAUUCUCAUGCGUGUAAGCUGUAUGUUCUCAAACCUGUUGCCUGAGAGAUAUAGGCUACGUUGUAAUAUCCAAUUUAUUAUGUAGAAACAAUGAUCGGUUCCUUAAUAAAAUUGUUCAACGUUUUGCUCCAA